AUGGUCACCAGCACCAAGCGCCCUGGCCUGGAAGUUGCUAUUCAUGUUGAGAGCAGACCGUUACAGGAGUACGAUGACGGCGACGAGAAUAUUCCACCAAACACCGUUACAAAAUAUAUCAAGGCUAAAUCAGGGGCUGAAUUUGCCGUGAUAAACACCUUCAAGCCGCCCUUCUCUCCACUCCAUGGCGUCAUGAUAAAUCCUAUUGUCAACGAUAUGGAAGAGGUCAAUGGACUAGGUCCGAACCCCACAGAUGUCAAACAUGCUCUGAGUAGUAAAGGACAUAUUAUACUCUUGCUUCACUUCGUAAAGGAUAUUAGAGAAAUAAGGUCGAAUGAGUACUGGGAAAGAAAUUUCAAACUCACACCACUGGAUGAGAUUCCAAAGAAAGCGCUCAAAGGAAAUGCGCUCUCACACCAAAUAGCGUACAUGCAAGGCUUGAACUCCCCAGAGCGAUCUCAGAGCCGAUCCGGACAGAAGCUCAGAGCGAGUCUAGAGGCUCUUGGAAUUGUGCCCAGAGAUGAGCCCAUGACGGUUCCGCUAGAGGACAGACCAGAAGAAGAGCUUACUCCCGACGAACUGAGAGAGCUAGUUCGCCGCAUGAGACAAGCCACUGCAACUGAAUCACGCACUCACAAGCGUCUGCAAGCUGAUCCACAAGUCAUCACGAUUGAUUAA